AUGGCCAUGUCUCCUUCCGCAGGGGUAGCAGCACGGCACACCCCACACACAAUGAACCAUGAGCUGCUUCGAGCUGCCGCGACCGGCGACAAGGCGCUCCUAGAACGUGUUCUGGGUCUUAGAAGCAGUAGCAAUGGUGUUGUAUGGCACCUGCGGCAAGAAGAUACUCAGAAAGGCGGUAGCAGCCGGAGCUGCUUGAAAGGCGUCACCUCGGAGGGGAACACGGCGCUCCAUACCGCCGCCGAACGCGGAUACCUGGAGCAUGUCCGCAUAAUGUGCGGCCUGGACGCUUCGCUCAUCAAGUCCAGGAACAACCUGCGCAACACACCUCUGAUCUGCGCCGCGAGAGCCGGGCACGUCGACGUGGUGUGCUUCCUCAUCGAACACGAUGCGUCUGCGGUGCUGGAAAGCGGAUGCGUCGACGAGGAGCCCAUGCUAAGGGCGAGGAACUCAGAGGGUGCAACUGCGAUGCACGAGGCCAUCAGGAACGGCCAUGAAGCCGUCCUGCAGAAGCUCGUGUCCGCAGAUGGUGCGCUGGCCGCUGCGGUGGACGCCAAGGGCUUCUCUCCCUUGUACCUGGCGGCCGCGCUUGGCCGAGCUGACAUGGUUAACGUCCUCAUCGGAGGCUCUCCUGAUGGAGUGAAAUCUCCGGCCUACUACGCCGGACCAGAUGGACAGACCGCCCUGCAUGCCGCGGUCCUUGUCAGUGAAGGUAAAACUGCUUUCUGUAGCAUUUCAUAUAUACUUGAUGUAGUUCAUGAUUCAUGUGUUGUGACUGGAUUUCAAGAAAUGAGCAAGUCGCUGUGGCGCUGGGAGCCGACGCUCGCGAAGAAGGUCGACAACUUUGGGAAUACCGCUCUUCACCACGCGGCGUCAGCUGGGAAGAUUGGAGCGGUGAAGCUACUCCUGCUGGAAGACUCCUCGCUGGCGUACAUCCCAGACGUGGAUGGGCUUUUCCCCGUGCACACCGCUGCCAAGAUGGGCAAGAUGGACGUCAUCGAGCAGCUCAUGGAGACGUGCCCGAACUGCGACGACCUGCUGGACAACAAGGGAAGGAACGUCCUGCACUGCGCCAUCGAGCACAAGAAGGAGAAGGCGGUGCAGCACAUGUGCAAGAACCCGAGGUUCGGGCGGAUGAUGAACGCGAGGGACAGCAGAGGGAACACGCCGCUGCAUCUGGCGGUGAAGCACGGGUGCGACAGGAUCGUCAUCCUUCUGGUGAAGGACGUGAAGGUGAACCUGAGCACCAUGAACAACGAUGGAGAGACGCCUCUGGACGUGGCCAUCAACGAGGUGGAUCACGGGUACACGUACCCAAUGAACCCGGAGGUUUUGAUAGCGCAGUGCUUGGUGUGGUGCGGAGCUCACCGCAGCCCUCGGCGUCGGGACGAGUACCUGAACAAGCGCAGAGGAGUCAGGGGCUCGGAGAAGGAGCUGAGCAAGUACACCAACCUGACGCAGAACCGCGCCAUCGGGUCGGUGCUGAUCGCGACGGUGACGUUCGCGGCGCCUUUCACCCUGCCUGGCUCCGCCGCCGACGCCGCGGAGAGGCCGGCCUUUAGGUCGUUCAUCCUGUCCAACGCACUGGCGUUCCUGUGCUCGACGGUGGCGACGUGCCUGCUCAUGUACGCGGGGCUCAACACCGUGCACCCCAGGUACCGCAGCCGCUACCACGUGUGGUCCUCCAACCUGCUCCACGUCGGGGUCUUGCUCGUCAUCGCCACCUUCGCCUUCGGCGUGCACCUGACGCUCAGCCCGCCGGGGACCGGGGCUCCCGUCCCCGUGGGGAACCUGAACGCCGCCGUGUGCGCCAUGGCGUGCGUGUCCGUAGUCUUCACGCACCCCGGCACCUGGUGGCCCAUGGUCCUCGCUAGGCCCAUAUGGGCUCGCCUGGGGCUGAAAGGGCUCAGCAGCGUGCUGCUGGGCCCGAGGCCCAUCCCUUGCCAGAAGCUGCUGCUCUCUCGCACGCCCUGGCUCAACCUCUUCAAGAUGCUGGCCACGCUGCUCAUCCUCGCUUCGAUCCUCGCCACGUUUCUCUGGGACAUGGCCUACCUGCUGCCACCUCCUCACCACCGCUUCUCUUCCACUCUUCUGCAGCAACCUCAAUGCCAGUCCUACUCCCACCCUACUUGACAAUCAUGCAUGCUAUAUUUCAGGAAUG